CGUCAUCAGUCCAAGGCGAAGAACGGUGGACGGGUCUGUCAGGACGAGCUAUGUUGCCGCCACUCUUCAGCUUGCCUGAGGCGCGGCUACGUUUUACGAACUCUACUCGAGAUGCUCUCAACAACAAAACUAUUAAACCUUUAUUGAGUGCCUUCAGCCAGGUACCUGGAAGUGAAAAUGAAAAAAAGUUUACCCUGGAUCAAGCUUUCAGAGUUGUGUUAGAAGAAGAAAUUAUAAACAAAGCUUCCUGCGAAAAUGUCCUGGCAAUCAUUUCUCUUGCUAUUAAUGGGGUUACAGAAGGUAUUUGCACUGCAUCAACCCCUUUUGUGCUGUUGGGAGAUGUUUUGGAUUGCCUUCCAUUGGAUCAAUGUGACAGAAUUUUCACAUUUGUGGAAAAAAAUGUUACGACAUGGAAAUCAAAUACAUUUUACUCGGCAGGAAAAAAUUACUUGCUCAGAAUGUGCAAUGACCUCUUACGAAGGUUAUCUAAAUCACAAAAUACAGUGUUCUGUGGAAGAAUUCAGCUAUUCCUGGCUAGAUUAUUCCCCCUUUCAGAAAAGUCAGGGCUCAACUUGCAAAGUCAGUUUAACCUGGAAAAUAUCACCGUUUUUAAUACCAAUGAGCAAGAGAGCAUGCUAGGACAGAAGCAUGUGGAAGAACGGGAUGAAGGAAUGGAAGUAGAAGAAGGUGAAAUGGGAGAUGAUGAAGCUCCUACGAGUUGCUCUAUCCCUAUAGAUUACAACCUGUACAGAAAGUUCUGGUCACUUCAAGACUACUUUAGAAAUCCUGUACAAUGCUAUGAAAAGGUCUCAUGGAAAACAUUUCUAAAGUACUCUGAAGAAGUAUUAGCUGUCUUUAAGAGCUACAAGUUGGAUGACACUCAGGCUUCAAGGAAGAAAUUGGAGGAACUGAAAACUGGAGGAGAGCACGUUUACUUUGCAAAGUUUCUCACGAGUGAGAAGUUAAUGGAUUUACAACUGAGUGACAGCAACUUCCGCCGUCACAUCUUACUGCAAUAUUUAAUACUAUUUCAGUAUUUAAAGGGACAGGUGAAAUUUAAAAGCUCAAACUAUGUUCUAACUGAUGAGCAGUCCCUCUGGAUUGAAGAUACUACAAAGUUAGUCUACCAGCUUCUUUCAGAAAAUCCCCCAGAUGGAGAGAGAUUCUCAAAAAUGGUAGAGCACAUAUUAAACACAGAAGAAAAUUGGAAUUCAUGGAAAAAUGAAGGUUGCCCGAGUUUUGUUAAGGAAAGACCAGGUGAUUCCAAACCAAUAAGACCUUUUGUGCGAAAGAGACCAGCUCCUGAAGACUUUCUGGGGAAAGGACCUAACAAAAAAAUUCUCAUGGGAAAUGAAGAGUUAACACGGCUCUGGAAUUUAUGCCCUGAUAACAUGGAAGCUUGUAAAUCUGAGAAUCGGGAAUAUAUGCCAACAUUGGAAGAGUUCUUUGAAGAAGCUAUUGAACAGGCAGUUCCUGAAAACAUGGUUGAGAAUGAAUUUAAGGCAGUGAAUAAUUCUAACUAUGGCUGGAGGGCAUUAAGGCUGUUGGCACGCAGAAGUCCUCACUUUUUUCAGCCAACCAACCAGCAAUUUAAGAGUUUGCCAGAAUACCUUGAAAACAUGGUCAUCAAAUUAGCUAAAGAACUACCUCCUCCUUCUGAAGAAAUUAAAACAGGCGAGGAUGAAGAUGAGGAAGAUAACGAUGCUUUAUUAAAGGAAAACAACGAAAGUCCAGAUGUUCAACGGGACAAACUUGUAACAGGGGAGCAAAUAGAGUCAUUUGCUAACAGGCUUGGCGAAUAUUGGAAACUUCUAGCUCCAUACUUGGAGAUGAAAGACUCUGACAUAAGGCAAAUUGAAUCAGAUAGUGAAGAUGUGAAGAUGAGAGCAAAGCAGCUCCUUCUUGCCUGGCAAGACCAAGAGGGGAUCCGUGCAACCUUGGAAAACCUCAUCACUGCAUUGAACAAAGCUGGGUUACAUGAUCUGGCAGAAAGCUUGACAAAUGACACUGAAAACUACAGUUAAUUUUCUCAGAAGCAGUUGUUUUAAUUGAAACUAUAAUGGCUAUUGUUUCUAAGGAACAGGACCCAUUGCUUACAUUUGGUAUACACAUUAAAAAUCUUUUAAUGUCCCAGUUGUCUUAAGUGUUCUAGGAAGGAAAAGUUUAGUAGCGCUGAUCAAAAAUCGAUAUAAUAAAGGGUGGUAGACACUCAGUUAUUUGUAGUGGUAGACGUGAGAAACUGUGGGGCUUCAGUGAUCCUUCUCCUGCCUGCAAUAGCAGACCCAGAAGGUGGCUGUGGGAUGUGGGCGUCAUUGUUCUUGACUUCUUGUGGCAAAAGUUUUUAAAACCGUCUGAUAUAGUAUGAAGGUAUGAGCUGGUUCCCACAUAUAGACUACUGGGCUUAAUGGGAAAGUUCCUUCACCAUGUUUUUGAUGGCUUAUAAAUAGUACGUUGCAGUUCCCACUACUUAAGUAUUUUUGACAGUAAUUUAUGAGUGAAAAAUUGUAAUUAAAAGUACCACUGUUUACUGAUAAACAGCUGCAGGAGUAAGCUGUCACUCGUCUUGAAGGGCCAUUCUAAUUCAUGUUAAAGGGACACAAGUCGCAGGUCAAAGCUA